AUGGCCCAAUACCACAACACGGCUGCAUCCAACCUGAGCCCGACGACCUCCAGCAAUCCCUCCACUGCUACCGCGACUGCAAACGCUGCCGCCGCCGCCGCCGCUGGCCAGGCUUCCACCCCCCAGCACAAACGCGUUUAUCAAGCCUGCAUCCCGUGCCGUCGGAGAAAGGUCCGUUGCGAUCUGGGCAGCGUCGAUAAUCCCCACGAUCCCCCCUGCGUACGAUGCCGUCGCGAGAGCAAAGAAUGUUAUUUCAGCGCAACAAGGAGGAAGCGCAAGGCCGAGGACGGCGAGGAUCCCGAGCCCGAGGAUGUCGAUGACUACACAAUCCGCAAUGGCCGUAAGCGCGUUCACGUCAGCGGCAGCCCGCCCGUCGCCAUCGACAAACGCCUCUACAGCGAGGUGCCCUUGACUCCAGGAGGCUCCAUGGGCAGAGCCCAACCUCUGCGCCGCCCUACAGACGGUGAUACCCCGAGCACCACGAGCCAAGCCGACAGCCGUCAGCGGAGUGACUACGUCGUCGACGAUGAGCCCAACGCCCAGCUCGAGAACCGCGAGGCUCAGGAUCUCAUGCGACCCGGUGUCUACGGACCCCACGAUGCUUUGGAUCUGCUGUACAAGGCGGCUACGGAUAGGUCAGUCCAGCUCAGCCAUACCCAAGACGCGGCUGCUUACCACCCCCCGGCUCACAGCCCUGUGACCAACAACCACAAGCGUCACGAAAGUGUCGCUUCCAUACCCGCCAUACCUCAGCAGCCCGUCAUCGUCACGCCCGGUGCGACCAUGAAGCCCGUGGGCAAUGGCAACGGACGGCCCUCGGUUCCCGUCGCCCUUGAGCCGCAACCUAUUGACCCGGCUCUGACGAGACGUGAUCUCUCCGGUGAGCCCGGCUACCAGGACGCCAUCAAAGCCUGGGGGAGAUUUAGCUACUACGAAUACCUGUCACCACUUACACCAAUUUCUCCACCGACCUUCCGCAAUCCUGCAUCUCACAUCACCUUGCUCACGGAAGAGCCCAUCCUCACCAUCACACUUCUCACCAUUUCCUCGAGGUAUCGCAAGAUUCCCGGUACAGGUGGCCAAUGUCGGUCCAACGCCAUCCACGAGCAGCUCUGGACAUAUCUCCGGGGCAUGAUUGAGAGGUGCCUGUGGGGCCAAGAGGCAUUCGGGGGUGGGGUCGCAGCUAUGGCCGGUGCCUCAUCUGUUCCUGACGAUCAAACAAGCAGCACAGCGCCCUGGCGUGGAAUGCGGAAAGGCAGUCUGCGAACUCUGGGGACCAUCGAGUCACUCAUGAUCCUCACAGAGUGGCACCCGAGGGCCCUCCAUUUCCCGCCAGCUGAAGCCAUUGACGAGCUCAUGCUUCCGUCAUACGAAGGCAGUGAUCUGAUCAGCACAGACGAGCACGGCAAUCAGCGACCGUCCGCUAAUAUCGGCGGUAAGCGCCUCGACAGCUGGCUCGAACCAGCCUGGAGAAGUGACAGAAUGUGCUGGAUGCUUCUCAGCACCGCCAUGGGUCUCGCAUACGAGCUUGGUGUGUUUGACGACAUCGAUGAGCUGCUGCGCGACGGUGCCAUCUCCCGCCCCGAGUACGAGGAAGAGGUGUACCGUCAACGGGCGUACCGCAUCAAGCGUCUUCUGUUGAUCUAUCUGUCCCAGCUCGCCGGUCGUCUUGGUUGGACAAGCAUGGUACCCGAGGCCUUGCGCAAGAGCGAUCCGGCGGUAACCCGUCGCCGCCCAACAUCCACAGAGGGCACAACACCUGGCACUAACCCGUCGUCCAUGUCAAAUGCCUUCAACUACAUCCCGGACCUGGAGCUCGAUGAUCAAAUAAUACAUUGCUGGGCUGGCAUAAGCAAUGCAAUGCACAUUGGGAACGAAAAGUUUUUCAAAUCUCGCAAGCACACCACCGAUAUCAUCCAGAGCGGGAAGUACACUGAGAUGCUCAAAGACUUCCAUCCGCUGCUCCAGGACUGGUGGAAGGAAUUUGAGCGCUUCAGGUUACCACCUUAUAUCAGACAUAUUCUGACCAUCGAGUACGAGUAUGUACGCAUCUAUGUCAAUUCACUUUCUCUGCAAGCUGUCGUUGAACGGUGUACCAAUAACGCUGGUCACACGGCGCAUGCGGGACACGGCACUCAUGGCAACCAUAACGCCGGGAGCGCGGCACAACUGUCUCCCCAGACGCAAAAUUACUUUGGUAAGCUGCCUCUGGGACAGCUGGGUGGCUUCGGCGCCAGUGAUCAGGAGUACAUCAAAGAGGUCAUCAGCGGCUGCCGCAACUUGCUUCGGACGGUUGUGGAAGGUCUCUUGCCGGGCGAUUAUCUCAAGCAUGCCCCCGUGCGGACAUACUUUCGCAUCAUCAGCGGUGCCAUGUUCCUGCUCAAGACUUUUGCUCUUGGUGCCCCACGAUCAGACGUCAAGCUCAGCAUUGACCUGAUGGACGAGACUGUCAAGGCACUCCGCAAUUGCAUCGUUGACGACGUUCACCUGGGAAUUCGAUUUGCAGAUCUUCUCGACUCCCUGACAAGCCGGCUCCGUAACCGUUUCAUUCAGGCUCCUGCUUUAGGACUCGGGUCUGCGGAUGGAAGGAGCCCGGAUCCCCACGGGAUUACCAACGGCACCGCUGCCAACGGCCAAGCAAUCGGCGGUCCCGAUGGCCAAUCAUGGGCGAACCACGCCUCAAAGUUACGUGACGGGCUCAACGCGCAUGACGACCCUGCCAACAUUUCUGCUACACCCUUCGACCUCAGCACUGGUACCUUUCCCUAUCCCUCAGGCUCGGCCUCAGUCCUGGGCCCGUCCACGCCGGCACCAGCGCCUGAGAACGGCGGAGCCACAAACACAACCAACAACGCACCGUCAUCUACAACAGGAGGCAUGGAAGGCCUCUUUGACUCAACUGACUGGAACAACCCAGGCAACGAGAUGUGGUACCUGCCGCCCGGGCCGGCAUUUUUCCAAAAUAUGGACAACACGGCUGUCGCCAUGACGGCCGAGGGCGUCAACGUCGGCGGUCUCGAUCUCCUCGAGUACAUGGCCAUGGAUACUGGCUUUCCCGUUCUCGAUGGUCCUUCAUCCUUUCCCUGA